AUGUCUGUGUCCUGUCUGCGUCCGCACCUGUCUGCGCCCCGUCUGUGUCCUGUCUGCGUCCGCACCUGUCUGCGCCCCGUCUGUGUCCUGUCUGCGUCCGCACCUGUCUGCGCCCGCACCUGUGUCCUGUCUGCGUCCGCACCUGUCUGCGCCCGCACCUGUGUCCUGUCUGCGUCCGCACCUGUCUGCGCCCCGUCUGUGUCCUGUCUGCGUCCGCACCUGUCUGCGCCCCGUCUGUGUCCUGUCUGCGUCCGCACCUGUCUGCGCCCGCACCUGUGUCCUGUCUGCGUCCGCACCUGUCUGCGCCCGCACCUGUGUCCUGUCUGCGUCCGCACCUGUCUGCGCCCCGUCUGUGUCCUGUCUGCGUCCGCACCUGUCUGCGCCCCGUCUGUGUCCUGUCUGCGUCCGCACCUGUCUGCGCCCGCACCUGUGUCCUGUCUGCGUCCGCACCUGUCUGCGCCCGCACCUGUGUCCUGUCUGCGUCCGCACCUGUCUGCGCCCCGUCUGUGUCCUGUCUGCGUCCGCACCUGUCUGCGCCCCGUCUGUGUCCUGUCUGCGUCCGCACCUGUCUGCGCCCGCACCUGUGUCCUGUCUGCGUCCGCACCUGUCUGCGCCCGCACCUGUGUCCUGUCUGCGUCCGCACCUGUCUGCGCCCCGUCUGUGUCCUGUCUGCGUCCGCACCUGUCUGCGCCCCGUCUGUGUCCUGUCUGCGUCCGCACCUGUCUGCGCCCGCACCUGUGUCCUGUCUGCGUCCGCACCUGUCUGCGCCCGCACCUGUGUCCUGUCUGCGCCCGCACCUGUGUCCUGUCUGCGCCCGCACCU